AAAAUGCUUAUAUAAAGUCUGCAAAAAUUAUUAUUUUUCCAUCUCCACAUGUGAAUUUGGACGAGGCUUGGCAAGUAUGGCUCACGAGUGCAAACAAGGACUUCGUAACAUCAUAAGUAGGGAGUCAAUAGCUAUCACUGCUGACUUUGAAAAUCUUUCCUCACGAACCAUCAUUCCUCAUGCCACCCUUCAUCAGACCCAGACAUUUGUAGCUGGUGGCAAGUCUCGCUGUCGUCGCUCAAAGUUUACCAUCGUCACAGGAUUAGCUAUCCAGCCAGGUAGAAUGGCCAACUGGGAUUCUCAGCUCUUAAAAAUUCCAGCUGUCUCACCUUCCAUCAUUAACAGUUGUUUGAUUCGAGUUGAUUAUGCUGUCAGAGUAAGUCU